AUGGAAACAGUUAAGCCACAAAAGGCGAGAGUGAAGUCAAAAAUUUGCAAUAAAGAUACGACACUGUCUCCGCCAUCACUUAACGAUUCGUUGGAACGAAAUCCAGUUACAUUAAAUAAAUUGGACCAUAGGCUAGAAGAAUUGCGAGGAACAUCUGAUGAGGGACAUCAUACUUCAACAAUUAUCCAACAAUUUGAGGAAGGGAAUGUUAGAAAUUUCUUAGAAAAAUCCUAUCAAAUAACUAUCGAGGGCCCAAACAUUGACGGAGGUGAAAAGGAAUCUGCGGAAACCAGUGUUGCUGCAAUUUCAUCUUUAGUUGGAGAAAAUUUACGAAAAGCGGAUAUGAAUCUUAAAACUGUUACAGAUUCAAAAAUAGUUGAAUCUUCUAAUUCAACUAAUAUUACUUCUAAAAUAGUAGAAUCAACCACUGUCGCCAAAGAUAUUGGUUUAAAGUGCCAUAAAAAGGAAUCAGAAAUACAUGAUUGUCAAACUUAUAAACUAAUCUCAGAUAAAAUUUACCCAUCCUUGCUUGAAGAUAACAGUAGUACAGUGGACACCAAAUUCCGAACAAAUAUUUUUAAUAAUGGCAGGAUUGACACCGCUGUCAGUUCGAUAUCAAAUAUAUAUCCUUCGCUGGCAACAACUGAUAAUGAUCAGGAUGAUCUCUUAAGUGAAGCCCAAUUUCUUAGUUUUUACCGCAAUGAUUUGUAUGAGGCUGUCGAUGAUUUUGUGAAAUCUUUUGUUCAGAACGAACUGCAUCCUCAAAAUUCACUUUUCUCAUAUCUCGAGAGAUAUAAGGGAAUUUGCGAACGUCAUUCCUUUAAUGAAAUUGAAAUUUUGUCGUGUGAAGAGCAAAUGAAAACAUGUGCUCAAUUUAUUUGGACAGUAUCAGACCAUUUCAUAAAAAAAGAAGGAAAAUGUGGUGAUCAGAGAACGGCUUCAGGUCUUGCAAAAUAUUCGAAGGCAACGUUAAAUAAAAAUAUAACGAAUGAAAUGAGAAAUUUGCUAAGGUUUGACCUCGUAUCUCAGCUCGAUUCCUCAUUGAGCAUACAAAUUGAGGUUUGGAACAUUGCUUAA